AUGUCCUGGAGGAGUGUAUUUGAUCGUCUUCCAAAUGAAUUAUAUUUAUCUAUAUUUGAUUAUUUAAAUCCUAUUGAUCUUCUCUAUUCAUUUUCAAAUCUAAAUUUCCGAUUCAAUUCUCUUUUAAAAAGUUAUUCUUGUUUGACAUGCAAAUCUAUUGAUUUAACCAAAUUAAAUCCUCACGUAUUUCAAUAUUAUUGUUCACUACAGCAACUAAAUAAUGAAAUAUAUUCAAUAAAAUUAAAUAACAAUCAAUUAAAAUUUUUAUCAUUUUCAUCAAAUAAUAAACUUACUCGAUUAAAUUUCUUACUUGAAAAUGAUUAUCAUCUUUAUUUAAACGAUCAAUUUAUAAUUAAAAAUUUACAAAUAUUAAAAGUUCGACAUCAUGCAUUAACAUGGCAAAAACCAUUAAUUAUUUGUCAAUAUUUACAACAAGUUACAAUACAUCUAAGAAACCAUUGGGAUCUUAUUGAUCUAUUAAAUAGUUUACCUAUUGUUGAAAAAGUUCAUGCAACUAUUGAUUAUGAUGUAACCAGUUGUCGUGAUAGUUCAUCGCUAGAAGGAUUUUCUUAUUCAAAUAAAUUAAAAGAUUUCUCCUAUAUAAUUCAUUCAAAUCAUGGUCUGAUUUAUUUCGUAACAGACUAUUCAGUUAUUGAAUUAUUAAUUCAAAAUUUAACAAAUUUAUUAAAACUACGUCUUUAUAUAAUUGGAUGUAUGAAUACAAUAAUUGAUGGAUAUCGUCUAGAAAAUAAUCUCUUGAAAUUUUUACCAAAAUUAAAUAAAUUUGACAUUUUUAUUCAAUCGUAUGGAGGAAAUCAAAUUAAAUCCAUGGAACAAUUUCAUUCGUUUAAGUGGAAUUUUGCUUCAUAUACAAAUCAACUAACUGAUAUGCACUUUUUAUUUACAUUACCAUUUAAAUUUCAAUAUCUACACGAAUGUCUUAAUGAAUAUUUUAUUAAUUCGAUUAAAACUAAUUUUCAAAAAUCAAAUGAAAAUUUGCUCAAUAUGAAUUAUGUGAAACAUGUUGAUUUAUCAUGUUCAAUAACAGAAAAUUUCAUAAUUUUAAUACAAAAAUCAUUUCCUUCAUUAGAAUCAAUUUGCUUUUCAUCAUCAACAACAGAAUAUUUAUGUUCAACAUCUUUAUAUCGUCAAUCUCAUUAUUUAAUUAAUUCAAUUCGGACUAUUAUCUUUCAACAUUCUUCUUUAAACUUAAUUCCAUUUAUUCGUCAUUUACCAAAUUUAAAUAAAUUAAUUUUGAAUCAAUCAUUAUUAAAUCAUUUAUUAGAAAAAAUAGAUUUAAUUUAUAUUAGUCAAAUAACAGAAUUACAUGUUUAUAAAUUUCAACGACAUUCUCUUGAAAAUAUUCUGAAUGGUUUUCCAAAUAUUCGCCAUUUAAUAUUAAAAACUCUUCAGACUAAUGACGAACCACCAGUUCGAUCAUUUAUUGAUAAUCGUUGUCAUCAUAAACAUCGUCCCAUAUCUGCAUGUGAUAUUUUAGAAGAAGUAUUUAAAAAAAAAUUAAAUCAAUUGGAAAAAAUUGAAAUUGGUUGUUAUUUUGAACGCGAUGAGCAAAAUCUUGAAGGAAUUUUAUCAAGAUUAAUUACAAAAUAUAUUAGAAUCAAUACUAAAUUUCAUAUAAAUACAGAAGAUUAUAAAUCAACUCGGUGCGGAUCCAUUCAAAUUUUAUUCUUUUAA